AUGGAGGUGGACCUGGAUCGGACAUAUCAUCAGGAGGAAUGUUAUGAAGUGGACAAAGCAGUUUGUGGAUUGGUACCCAAUAGAGCACACGAGAAAGAGAGGAGACGCCCACGGGCAGACUGGGACAAGGAGAUGAAGAAAUCCUGCGGAGGAAGACAUUUCGCAAAAAUACGUGAUCCCUCCCUCACUACGAUCGGUUCUGCGUCGAAGCGAGCUCCAUUACCCCGAAGUUUCACACCGACGAAGCGGCCCAUCGCGGAGUCAGGUCAGGUACCGCGGUGCCAUCAAUUACAAGAACAACCGGAGUACCUCGGCGAUAAGAGAGGAUGUGAGCCGCCCCGUGAGAACCAGAUCUCUUAUCUCGCAGCUCUUGAGAGCUCUCUUAAAUCGAGGCUACUUCUGGAAAUUCUUCCUCUCGUAAAGUCUGGUAGAGGUGCGAUAAUUUCGGGGGAUCUGCGUUUUCUUUGA